UCUAUUAUUUCAACUAUAAGCCGAGUGUUUGUAUACAUUAUAUCAUAUAGUCCUCAAAAGAAGCUUCAAGGAUAAUAUCUCCAUUUCACAGAUGAAGUACCAAGAGAUCAGGAAUAUCCUCAAGAUCAUGGACUAAAAAUAGGGGUUUAUUGUAGAAAUCUUAUCAAAGACCCAAAUCUUCGGUGCUGGGAUGGUAAAGUCCAGGCAAUGCCAGAGCCCUGAUGGGGUAAACAGUUGAUAAAAACAUACGUAGGCUGACUGGCACUAUUCCUCAUUUACUGCCUCCUCUCAAUGCUGCUAUUCCCUGAGUUUACUCAUAAAAUCUUGGCCAAAGAAAUUGUUCAAAGGAGGUGGAUAAAAGUCCAGUAUCCAGAAUAUAUAAAUAACUCUUACAAAUCAACAAUAAAGAGACAAAUAAUCCAAAUAAAAACGGGCAAAGAAUUUGAAUAGACCGUUAUCCAAAGAAGAUAUACAAAUGCCAAUAAGCAUGUGAAAAGAUGCUCAACAUCAUUUGUCAUUAGGGAAAUUCAAAUCAAAACCAUAAUGAGAUACCCCUUCAUAGCCACUAGGAUGUGGAGAAAUUGAAACCCUUAUUCAUUUUGCUGAUGGGGAUGUAAAAUGGUGUUGCCACUGUGGAAAAGUUAGGCAGUUCCUCAGAUAGUUAAACAUAGAUUUAUCACAUGACCCAACCAUUUGACUCCUAGUUAUAUACUCGGAAGAACUGAGAACAUAUGUCCACACAAAAACUUGUACAUGAAUGUUCGUAGCAGUAUAAUUCAUAAUAGCCCAAAAGUAGAAACUCAAAUGUCCAUCAACUAAUGAAUGGAUGAACAAAAUAUGCUAUAUGCCUGCAAUGGAAUAAUAUUCCACCAUAAAAAGGAAGAGGCACUGAUAUCUGCUACAACGUGGGUAAACCUUUAAAACGUUAUGCUGAGUGAAAGAAGUCAGCCAUAAAAGGCUACAUAUUGCAUGAUUCCAUUUAUGUGAUUGAUCCAGGAUAGGAAAUUUAUGGAGACAUAAAACAGAUCAGUGAGCAAGAGAAGGAAAUGGAAAAUGAUGACUAAUGUGUAUGGGUGCUCUCUUGGGGUAACAAAAAUGUUCUGAAAUUAAAUAGUGAUAAUAGUUGCACAUUCUUGUGAAUAUACUAAAAGACCAGUGAAUUGUACACUUUAAAAAGGAUGAGUUUGAUGGUAUAUGAAUUAUAUACUAAUAAAAAAACCCUUUAUAGCUCAAUAAAGCAGUAGAAAAAUUAACAAAAUCAAAGGCUGUUUCUUUGACUAGAUAAAUGAGAUUGACAAACUCUAACAAAAAUGUCGAGGAAAAAGAAGGUCGAUAAAAUUAAAUAUGAUACAGAAAGAGAAUGGUCAAAUAAAUACAGAUACAACAGGAAUAUUAAAAAAAAUAAUAAAAGAUUAGAGAAACAUCUCACAGUAGUAUGAGCUUGAUAUAUCAGGAAUGAUGACGUAUCCUGCCCGUGUUCUCAAAUGGCUGUGGGCUUAAGGUUUUAUCUUUCCUGGGAGGGCCAUGUUGGGGGUGUGAGGGUAGGGUUGGGGGGCAACAGCAAUCUUUGAAGGGGCCUCAAAGGGAGAAGGAGUCCCUUUAGCCCAAAUCUGCAGCAAUGGGCAACCAGCGAACUGGGAAAUUCCUAGCAUUUCUGCCAGUGACCUGGAAGUUUUGGCUAGCCUGGGUCCUAGCAUUGUUACCGUCUAUAAUGAAGCCCGAGUGGACAGUUACCACUAGAUGGCAUCACAGUGCAGCUAGCCAGGAUGAAUUUGAACUGUGCAACUCUGCAACUCUCGGUCCGUGGUUUAGAAGCUCGUCCUGGACACUUCAUUUAGUCUCACAAUUAAACAUCUCUUCAUUUACAUGGCUAAUUUCUAAUGUUUGUAUUCUACUUAUCCAAUUAUGGCUUUUUCUCUACUGUGAAUGACUGUAUGUGAGAGAACUCAAAAUGUAGAUGAAGUGGAUACAUUCCUUGAAAAAUAUAAAAUGUCACAACUAGCACAAAUAUAGAAAACUUGAAUCGUACAUAUGAAAUCAAUUGAAAUGGCAUUUAACAACUUCCCCUCCCUGGAACCCCAAGCUUAGAUUGUUUUACAGGUAAAUUCUAAGAAACUUUCAAGAAACAGUUGUUUUCUAACCUACACUGGAUAUUCCAGACAAUGGAAGAGAAGAAAAACUGCCUGACUCAUCUUAUGGACCCAGAGUAAGAACUAAGCUUCACAGUGUGUCUGUGAGCGCACCCUCUGCCAGGAGGGGCGGCUGCCUCAGCACCGGGCAGACAUUGGAGCCUGGCCUUUGCCCACUGAGUCCAAAAAUGUGUCACCAAGGUGCCAGGUUCUUCCCGCUCCCUUCUUCCUCAACCUCCCCAGCAGACGAGAGCUCCGGGUACUCAGGAUGAGAGACCUCGGCUGGUGUGUGGAGACUCCAAGUCACACCAGGACCUCCUGAUUAGAGGAAACUGAGGCAGAGAGAAGGGACUGCACCACUCCCUCCUAGGGCAGCUGGGUGAGAAAGCCCUUCCUUGGUCUGCGUUGAAAUCUGCUUCCCUGGGGCGCUCCCUGAGAACAAGACCUGCUUGAGCCGCCCAACUGGGAAGGUGUGUCUCCUGAUUAACCCUCUUCUGGAGAUCUCACGUCUAUGGAUGCAGCCUGGGAGAGCACGAGGGGUUUCUGAAGCCAUGUCACCCUGAUGACUCAGAAAGUGGUGGAUUCCCAGUCCCUGAAGGUCCUAGGACAUGUGCCAAGUAAUUACUUGGUGGAGCCAUGGCAGAGGAAAUUCAAAGUGAAUGAUCUAGGAGGGGACUUCAUGGGAGUUGGUAAAGGCUCCUUAGCUGCUGAUAAGGUUGUUGAAGAAAUAAGAAGGAAAGGCGGAAGAGCAGUGGCCAACUAUGAUUCAGUGGAAGCAGGAGAGAAGGUUGUGAAGACAGCACUGGAUGCUUUUGGAAGAAUAGAUGUUGUGAUCAACAAUGCUGGAAUUUUGAGGGACCGUUCCUUUGGUAGAAUAAGUGAUGAAGACUGGGAUAUCAUCCAGAGAGUUGAUUUGCGGGGCUCAUUCCUGGUGACCCGGGCAGCGUGGGAUCACAUGAAGAAACAGAAAUUUGGAAGGAUCAUCAUGACUUCAUCGGCUUCAGGAAUAUAUGGCAACUUUGGCCAGGCAAAUUAUUGUGCUGCAAAGCUGGGUCUUCUGGGCCUUUCAAAUUGUCUUGCAGUUGAAGGCGAGAAAAGCAACAUUCAUUGUAACACUAUUGCCCCUACUGCUGGAUCACGGUUGACCCAGAACAUUUUGCCUGAUGAUCUUCUGGAAGCUCUGAAGCCAGAUUACGUGGCACCCCUGGUCCUCUGGCUUUGCCAUGAGAGUUGUGAGGAAAAUGGUGGCUUGUUUGAGGUUGGAGCAGGAUGGAUUGGAAAAUUACGAUGGGAGCGGACCCUUGGAGCCAUUGUAAGACAGAGGACUCAGCCAAUGACUCCUGAGGCGGUGAAGGCUAACUGGACGAAGAUCUGUGACUUUGAUAAUGCCACCAAGCCUCAGAGAAUUCAAGACUCAAUUGACGGUAUAAUUGAAGCUCUAAAUAAAAUAGAUUCAGAUGGAGGAGUUUCGGCAAAUCAUACCAGUAAUGUGACAUCAACAGCUACAUCAGGAUUUGCUGGAGCUAUUGGCCAUAAACUUCCUCCAUUUUCUUCUUCUUAUACGGAACUGGACACUAUUAUGUAUGCCCUUGGAGUGGGAGCAUCUAUCAAGGAACCGAAAGAUUUGAAAUUUAUUUAUGAAGGGAGUUCUGAUUUCUCCUGUUUGCCUACCUUCGGAGUUAUUCUAGCUCAGAAAUCUAUAAUGGGUGGAGGAUUAGCAGAGAUUCCUGGGCUCUCAGUCAACUUGGCAAAGGUUCUUCAUGGGGAGCAGUACUUGGAGUUAUAUAAACCACUUCCCAGAGCAGGAAAAUUAAAAUGUGAAGCAAUUGUUGCUGACGUCCUGGAUAAAGGAUCCGGUUUAAUAAUGCUUAUGGAUGUCUACUCUUACUCUGGGGAGGAACUUAUAUGUUAUAAUCAGUUCUCCAUCUUUGUUGUUGGCGCUGGAGGCUUUGGUGGAAAACGGACGUCAGACAAAGCUAAUGUAGCUGUAGCCAUACCUAAUAGACCUCCUGAUGCUGUACUUACAGAUACCACCUCACUUAAUCAGGCUGCUUUGUACCGCCUCAGUGGAGACUGGAAUCCCUUACACAUUGAUCCUGACUUUGCUAACUUAGCAGGUUUUGACAAGCCCAUAUUACAUGGAUUAUGUACAUUUGGAUUUUCUGCCAGGCAUGUUUUACAGCAGUUUGCAGAUAAUGAUGUGUCAAGAUUCAAAGCAAUUAAGGUUCGUUUUGCAAAACCAGUAUAUCCAGGACAAACUCUACAAACUGAGAUGUGGAAGGAAGGAAAUAGAAUCCAUUUCCAAACCAAGGUAUGGAUAAUGUAG